AUGGCUGCUUCAAAUCCUGCCCAGUCAGGGGAAGAACUGGAAGAGUUAGAGGUGGAAGGGGCCACAGCGGCCUCCGUGCACCACGAGGACCCUGAAACGGAGGCAGGCACGGAGGGCACCCUUGCUCCCAGGAAGAACCCGCCUUCUCUGAAGCAGGGGAACUCGGCCAGGAAGCAGCUGAGGCCUAAGGCCACAUCCACAGUGGCCAUGCCAAGGGCAGGGUCGCCCCCAGCGGUGGCUGCCAGCCUGGGGCCCCUCUCCCCCUCCACCGAGAAGCCCCACCCACCUGGGGACCCGGAGCCUGCAGUGGGCUCUGAGCUGACGUCCAAGCUGCCCCUGUGGCCGGGCAGGAAGGAAGAUGCCAUCCCCACAACGCCCGCCCCACUACAGAUUGCCCCCUUCACCUCCCAGCCGCACGUAGCUCACACACUCCCACAGAGGCCCAGCCCGGCAGAGCCCCAGGAGACCCCUGAGGCACCCCCAGAAGAUGUCAGCCCCCUGGCCCUGGGGGACAAGGACGAGAACAAGCUGACAGGGUCAGCCUCGGAGGAGAGCCAGGAGACCACCACGUCCACCAUCAUCACCACCACGGUCAUCACCACCGAGCAGGCCCCAGCUGUCUGCAGCGUGAGCUUCUCAGGCCCCGAGGGCUACAUCGACUCCAGCGACCACCCGCCACUGCCCUCCAGCAACUUCCUCGAGUGCACGUACAACGUGACGGUCUAUACUGGCUACGGGGUGGAGCUGCAGGUGAAGAGCGUGAACCUGUCUGAGGGGGAGCUGUUGUCCAUCCGCGGGGUGGACGGCCCCGCCCUCACCGUCCUGGCUAACCAGACGCUCCUGGUGGAGGGCCAGGUGGUCCGCAGCCCCACCAACACCAUCUCCGUGUACUUCCGCACCUUCCAGGACGACGGCCUGGGCACCUUCCAGCUGCACUACCAGGCCUUCAUGCUGAGCUGCAGUUUUCCCCGCCGGCCCGACGCGGGGGAUGUGACGGUGAUGGACCUGCACGCGGGUGGGCUAGCCCACUUCCACUGCCACCUGGGCUAUGAGCUACAGGGCGCCAAGACACUGACCUGCAUGAAUGCCUCUAAACCCCACUGGAGCAGCCCGGAGCCUGUCUGCUCAGCCCCCUGUGGAGGAGCCGUGCGCAAUGCCACCAUCGGCCGCGUCCUCUCGCCCAGUGCCCAGGGGCACAAUGGGACCCAGCUGUGCGUGUGGACCGUGGAGGCGCCCCAGGGCCAGAAGCUGCACCUGCACUUGGAGAAGCUCGCGCUGCACGGGAGGGACAGGAUGGCCGUGUACAGCGGGCUGAGCAACGCGUCUGCGCUCCUGUACGACUCCCUGCGUGCUCAGAGCGUGCCCUUCGAGGGCCUGCUGAGUGAGCAGAAUGCCGUCCGCAUCGAGUUCUCAUCCCCCCAGGGCCCGGGUGCCUCUGCCUUCAACAUCCGCUUCGAGGCCUUUGAGAAGGGCCACUGCUACGAGCCGUACAUCCAGAACGGAAACUUCUCCACCUCCGACCCCACCUACAACGUGGGCGCCGUGGUGGAGUUCACCUGCGACCCCGGCCACUCGCUGGAGCAGGGCCCCGCUGUCAUCGAGUGCGUGAACGUGCGGGACCCGUACUGGAACGACACAGAGCCCCUGUGCAGAGCCAUGUGUGGUGGGGAGCUCACAGCAGUGGCUGGAGUCGUGCUGUCCCCAAACUGGCCAGAGCCCUACGCGGAGGGCGAGGACUGCGUGUGGAGGAUCCACGUGGGGGAGGAGAAGCGCAUCUUCCUCGACGUGCAGUUCCUGAACCUGAGCCACAGCGACGUCCUCACGGUGUACGACGGCGACGAGGUCACCCCGCAUAUCCUGGGACAGAACCUGGGCAGCAGCGGCCCGCAGAGGCUCUACUCCUCCACGCCUGACCUCACCAUCCACUUCCACUCCGACCCCGCCGGCCUCAUCUUUGGGAAGGGCCAGGGCUUCAUCAUAAACUAUGUGGAGGUGUCCCGGAACGACUCGUGCUCCGACCUGCCCGAGAUCCAGAACGGCUGGAAGACCACGUCCCACGCGGAGCUGGUGCGCGGCGCGCGCGUCACCUACCAGUGCGACCCGGGCUACGACAUCGUGGGCGGCGACACCCUGGCCUGCCAGUGGGACCUCAGCUGGAGCGGCGACCCCCCGUUCUGCGAGAAGAUCAUGUACUGCACAGACCCCGGAGAGGUGGAGCACUCCACCCGCCUGAUCUCCGACCCUGUGCUGUUGGUGGGUGCCACCAUCCAGUACGCCUGCAAUCCCGGCUUCGUGCUAGAGGGGAGCUCCCUGCUCACCUGCUACAGCCGCGAAACGGGGACCCCCAUCUGGACGUCUCGGCUACCCCGAUGUGUCUCGGAGGAGUCGCUGGCGUGCGACAACCCGGGGCUGCCUGAGAACGGGUACCAGAUCCUGUACAAGCGGCUGUACCUGCCCGGCGAGUUCCUCACCUUCAUGUGCUACGAGGGCUUCGAGCUCACCGGCGAGGUGACCAUCCGCUGCAUCCUGGGGCAGCCGUCCCACUGGAACGGACCCCUGCCCGUCUGCAAAGUGAAUCAAGAUAGCUUUGAACAUGCUUUAGAAGCAGAAGCCGCAGCAGAGUCGUCGCUGGAAGGCGGGAACAUGGCGCUGGCCAUCUUCAUCCCCGUGCUGGUCAUCUCCCUGCUGCUGGGCGGGGCCUACGUCUACGUCACACGGUGCCGCUACUACUCCAGCCUCCGCCUGCCGCUCAUGUAUGCACACCCCUACAGCCAGAUCACCGUGGAAACCGAGUUCGACAACCCCAUCUAUGAGACUGGGGAAACCAGGGAGUAUGAGGUUUCUAUCUAACGGGGGCUGUGCCC